AAGUAUGACCCAGACCUUUUCCGAAUGGCCCUUCCUUGUCUCAGUGCUAUAGUGGGGGCCCUGCCACCAGAUUAUUUAGAUACCAGAAUCUCAGCCACAUUGGAGAAACAGAUCUCAGUGGAUGCAGAUGGCAACUUUGACCCCAAACCCAUCAACACCAUGAAUUUCUCCUUGCCUGAAAAAUGGGAAUACAUCGUCACCAAGUACGCGGAGCAUUCACAUGAUAAAUGGGCCUGUGACAAGAGUCAGAAUGGAUGGAAAUAUGGAAUUUCACUGGAUGAAAAUGUAAAGACCCAUCCACUGAUCCGGCCUUUCAAGACAUUAACGGAAAAG